AUGUAUAACAAGCUAAAUGAAAGAACUGUGAAUCACUAUGAUUUAGGACAAUCUGACACAUUUUGGAAAGGUCCGUGGAACUUAAAUACCUCUCAAAGAAUUAAAAACUUUAUUUGGAAGUGCUUACAAAAUGCAGUUUCUACUAAUCUUAAAUUAUCUAGAUUCAUGCAGGAUGUCUCUCCUAACUGCACUUUUGGUUGUAUUGAAAAUGAAACCACAGAACAUCUCUUAUUUCACUGUCCUUAUUCCAUAUCUGUUUGGGCAUCUGAGUCUUCCCCAUUAGACAUAAACUUUGAUAACUCCAAAAAGUUCUUAGACAUUUGCAAAAAUUGGUCCUUUGAAAAGACAGAGCAAACUUAUUCUCAACUAGCAUUAGAAAUACAAAGACAUUUGAGUUUCUGGUACAAAGAUUCUUAUCAGACAAAAGAUACUUCUAUUAGAUUUAAGGAAAAACCUAGAUGGAUAGCUCCUAGACAUGCUCAAAAAAAGCUUAACCUAGAUGCAGCCUGGACUUCAGUAAAUGAACCAGCAGGCUUUGCUUUAAUUCUCAGAAAUGAUGCAGGGAACUUCGGCCAGGGAAGAGCAGGAUCCAUCUCAGCCACAUCCCCAGAAGAAGCAGAAGUUUUAGGCCUCUUACAUGCAGCAGCAUGGGCAGUGGAGGAAGGAAUAACAAAUUUCAGUGUUGAAGGUGACUGCAAGAACCUCUUCGACUAUCUGAAUGGGAAACCUUCUCAAAUCACUUGGAAAAAUCAGAAGAUAAUAGAUGAAGCCUUAGAAGUAGAUAAAUCUAAUGUUAGAGUUGAGCCCCUUUGCUCAACAUUAGAUGGCUCUACUAUUAUUGAUGUAAGGGUUACUAACUCCCCAAGUUAG